GCUGCUGGACGACUGUUUUCGGUUGUUUCAGCUUGGUCCAGUUUGCGAAAGGCCCAAAAGAAAGCGAGGCAGGCCGACACCGAAGAGGAAGAGGAUGAGAGGAAGGAGGUCCGAAGGUCAAAACAACAUUGCAUCGAGAGAUUUGAUUAAGUUGAGGGGAGAGAGACAGAGCUGUGCUGCUUGAACUAGCUACUGAGGUGAAAUUAGAAUAAAAAAUGUUACCUCCAGAGCUCCAAGCUCGUUCUCAUCGCCCACCCUACAUCUCCACCUCCAUCAGCGCCCCCUCUUUCCCCACCUUCAAUUCCCCCGACAUUAACCCUAACUACUCCAACGGCCAUGUCACCACCACCAACACAAUUAGCCGUAGCGGCAGCGGCAGUCGCCGAUCUCUUCUCCAAGCCUCCUCCAAAACGACGUCGUCUUCCUCUCGAUAUUCUCCGUCUUCCUUCGUGCACAACGCCAGGAUCGCCGUGGCUCUCGUCCCCUGCGCCGCUUUCCUGUUAGACCUUGGCGGCACUCCUGUCGUCGCUGCGCUGAUUCUCGGUUUGAUGCUGGUUUACAUUCUUGAUUCGCUUAAUCUUAAGUCCGGUGCCUUCUUUGCCGUCUGGUUCAGUCUCGUCUCCGCUCAGAUCGCCUUCUUUGUCUUCUCUACUUCCUCCUUAUACCUCACAUUUAACCAGUCGGUGCCGCUAACUGUCAUUGCGCUGUUUCUAUGUGCGUUUUCAAAUUUCUUAAUUGGAGUUUGGGCUUCGAUUCAGUUCAAGUGGAUUCAGAUUGAGUACCCUACCGUUGUUCUUGCUCUUGAGCGCCUUCUGUUUGCCUGCAUUCCUUUCGUAGCUUCGUCUCUGUUUACUUGGGCGAUCGUUUCUGCUGUUGGUAUGUCUCCAAAUGCUGCUUCCUCUUACUAUCUCAUGUCUUUCUCUUGUCUUUUUUAUUGGCUGUUUUCCAUUCCUCGUAUUUCGUCUUUUAAGCUCAAGCAGGAGAUUCUAUACCACGGCGGUCAAGUUCCCACUGAUAACUUAAUUCUCAGUGAGCUCGAAAGCUGUGUCCACACAUUGCAUCUCCUCUUUUCCCCCCUCCUCUUUCAUGUUGCCUCUCAUCACUCUGUUAUAUUUUCUUCUUCCUCUUCGAUUUCUGAUUUGUGCCUUCUUUUCUUCAUUCCUUUUCUGUUUCAACUGUAUGCCUCGACAAGGGGUGCUCUCUGGUGGCUAACGAAAAACGAGCAUCAGAUUCAUAACAUAAGGUUGGUCAAUGGGGCUGUAGCUUUAGUUGUUGUUGUCAUAUGCUUGGAGAUUAGAGUUGUUUUUCAUUCUUUUGCCCACUACCUCCAUGUUCCCCCACCAGUCAGCUACUUUCUAGUCACAGUCACUAUGUUAGGUGGGGCUGCUGGUGCAGCUGCUUGUGCCCUUGGUAUUAUUGGUGAUGCUUUUAGUUCGCUCGUCUUCUCUGGUUUGGCUGUCUUGGUCAGUGGUUCUGGAGCAAUUGUUGUUGGCUUCCCCAUACUGUUCCUUCCGGUUCCUACAGUUGCUGGCUUUUAUUUGGCUCGUUUUUUAACGAAAAAGAGUCUGACAUCAUAUUUUGUCUUUGUUGCACUCGGGAGUCUGGUAAUCACAUGGUUUGUGUUGCAUAAUUUCUGGGGUCUCAAUAUAUGGUUGGCAGGCAUGUCCUUGAGAUUCUUUUGUAAGCUCAUAAUAGCCAGUGUUAUUCUGGCAUUGAUUAUCCCUGGUAUAGCUCUUCUCCCUACUAAAGUUCACUUCUUGACUGAGGCUGGGUUGAUGAGCCAUGCUAUACUUCUUUGCUACAUCGAGAAUCGCCUUUUCAAUUACUCUAGCAUAUACUAUUAUGGUUUGGAGGAUGAUGUGAUGUAUCCGAGCUACAUGAUUGUAAUGACAACGUUUGUGGGUUUGGCUCUGGUGAGGAGGCUUUUACUGGAUCAACGGAUUGGUGCAAAAGCUGUUUGGAUUUUAACCUGCCUGUAUUCUUCAAAGUUGUCCGUGCUCUUCAUGACAUCCAAAUCUGUCUUAUGGGUGUCGGCUGUUCUUUUGUUGGCGGUUUCUCCGCCGUUGCUUCUAUAUAAGGAAAAAUCGAGAUCAUCUUCUAAAAUGAAACCUUUUCAAGGUUAUAUGCAUGCCUGUGUUGUUGCUUUAGCAGUCUGGUUUUGUCGUGAGACAAUUUUCGAAGCUCUUCAGUGGUGGUAUGGUAGACCUCCAUCUGAUGGUUUGCUUUUGGGCUUCUGCAUACUUCUCUCGGGAUUAGCAUGUGUACCCAUAGUAGCACUCCACUUCUCUCAUGCCAUGCUGGCUAAAAGAUGUCUCGUGCUGGUAGUAGCAACAGGUGUUCUGUUUAUAUUGGUUCAGCCGCCAAUCGCAUUUUCAUGGACAUACCAUUCUGAAGUAAUCAAAGCUGCUCGUGUUUCUACUGAUGACAUCUCUAUCUACGGUUUCAUGGCAUCAAAACCCACUUGGCCAUCAUGGCUGCUUAUUGCUGCAAUCCUUCUAACUAUAGCAGCAGUUACCUCGAUCAUUCCUAUAAAGUACAUUGUCGAGUUGAGGAGUUUCUACUCGAUUUCUAUGGGUAUUGCCCUUGGCAUUUAUAUAUCUGCAGAAUAUUUUCUGCAAGCAGCUAUCCUGCAUGCACUUAUUGUUGUCACCAUGGUAUGUGCCUCAGUUUUUGUGGUCUUCACCCAUUUUCCAUCUGCCUCGAGCACGAAGGUAUUGCCCUGGGUUUUCGCAUUACUUGUGGCACUUUUCCCUGUUACGUAUCUUUUGGAAGGCCAGGUCAGAAUCAAGAGUAUUCUUGCGGAGAGUGGGGUUGGGGAUGUGGGAGAGGAUGACAGCAAGCUCACAACAUUACUAGCGGUUGAGGGGGCAAGGACAUCUCUCCUUGGUUUGUAUGCAGCAAUUUUUAUGCUUAUUGCACUGGAAAUAAAGUUUGAGUUGGCAUCACUGAUGCGAGAAAAGGUAAUAGAAAGGAGUGGUCUUAGACAUGGCCAAUCUGGUCCAAAUAGCUCUGCUACAUUCCCCCCUAAACUGCGGUUCAUGCAACAACGCAGGGCUUCUACUGUGCCUACAUUCACAAUUAAAAGGAUAUCUGCUGAGGGAUCAUGGAUGCCAGCAGUUGGCAAUGUUGCCACUGUGAUGUGCUUCGCUAUAUGCCUGAUCUUAAAUGUCAAUCUUACGGAUGGCUCAAAUCGUGCUAUAUUCUUCUUGGCACCAAUUCUGCUUCUGUUAAACCAGGAUUCAGAUUUUGUUGCAGGUUUUGGGGAUAAACAGCGAUAUUUCCCAGUUACAGUUGUUAUAUCUGCUUAUUUGGCGCUGACUGCCUUAUAUAGCAUAUAUGAAGAUAUAUGGCAUGGAAAUGCCGGGUGGGGACUUGAAAUUGGAGGACCAGAUUGGUUUUUUGCAGUGAAGAAUGUGGCCCUUCUCAUUCUCACAUUUCCUAGCCAUAUCCUCUUUAAUCGGUUUGUAUGGAGCUACACAAAGCAUACUGACCCUACUCCGCUGUUAACAAUACCCCUUAACCUGCCAUCUGUGAUAAUGACAGAUGUACUAAAGAUAAAGAUUUUGGGCCUUCUUGGAAUUAUAUAUGCCCUGGUGCAGUAUAUGAUUUCCAGACAGCAAUACAUUUCAGGGUUGAAGUAUAUUUAGUUAAGCAGACAUUCUGUAAAUUAUGUCUUGUGUUUUGACAAUCUUUAAGUGAGAUAUGAAAGUUCAGGUUUUCCUUGACUUGGUGGCUCUUGGUAGAUACAAACCCCCCUUGAUACAGGGGAUUAGGGGAAUGUGAAGUGUACAAACUUGUUGAAUCAAUUACUUGAUAGAUGUGUUUUACGAUUUCAAGCUCAA